UAUAAGUCAAGUGCGUCUCAAUUCAGACCAGUCUCCUAAAAGCUGUUGGAGUGAACGAUCGUGUUUUCGCAAGUGACGCCAAAAUGUUUACGAGACUUGCCAUUUUUAUCGUAACCAUUUACAGUUCGACGAAUGGGGCCCAUACUAAAUCUGACAAAAUCAUAUACCCCGGGCCCACCGUCGACCACCACAAUGGAAACAGUCAUAACGACCCAGUAAUAGUUCCAGCGAGCUGUAGAAACCUCACCUAUUGUUUUGAGAAGCCGAAAAAUUAUCCACAAGAGAGAUAUGACAAGAUGUUUGAAGGUAUGAACCUAGCACCACUGCCUACAAUAGUAGAAUCAAGCCUGUCAGAUCGGCUGGGAGACGAGGAGUAUGAAGACGAUUGUGAUGCUGAAGUCAGGUACGAUCCCCUCUACAGCAUCAGGACAAAGAAAGGCGAGUGGCGCCACAUCAUUCAGUCCCCGAAACAGAAUUUCAAUCAGAAAGUGCGAAUAGAAACUUGCACGGCGGUAGACACACAGUGCUUCAAAAACUACCCGGUCUUCGGGGGUAUCAUAACGUUAUGCAAACAAAAAACUGCGAAAUAUGAGUUCGUGGCAGACGAUGGAAAAGGUGGUUCAACCAAGCUCGAGACAGAAUUGCCUUCGUGUUGCGUGUGUCAUUAUAAACCAGCUGCUUAGGAGGAAUAGAGAAGAUAUAAGUUGGUUAUGUCUUUGGUUUACUGUUACCACAGACAUAAGAACAUUAAUUACAUUGUAAUUGUAAUUACGAUGUAACCUUCUUAUAUCUGUGGCUGAUACAGCGACCUGUUUAAGUAAUAUAGACUGAGUUAGCAAGUUUUUUUGCAAAAAUUUCACUUUUGCCAUAAGCUUUUAUUGUCGUCAGAGAGAUCUUAAAGCAUUUAUCGCCUGACAAAUAAACCCAUGUCCGUGCUGUAAACGGUUGAGGAGUUGCCUUGUUUGCAACCGAUCCGGGCUGGACCAGGUCAUGCUUAUCAUAAUAAUGAAACUGAAUCGACGCGGGAAAUUUCAAUUCUGAGGUCAACUGGAAGUAGGAGAAAUCUAAAUUGCAAAAUUUGAUUACAGACAGACAACGGGACAGGUGAAUCUAAAUAAAAGCUUGUGAAAAUGCAUCGGUUCAUCUAAACACUAAAUAAUUAUGUUCUCUCUUUCAUCUGAGCGUUUUACGAGUCCUUUCUCAGCCUUUAAGCGUGGGAACCCAAGGCCCGUUUUCCUACAUUUUCGUCUCCACUUCGCACGGUCGUCGGCAUCCCUAGUUGUCAGACUAUUGGCAAGCAUCAUUCUUGACGUCAUCAAGCCAGUAGUUUUUGGGUUUGCCCCUUCUGCCAGGUCUGGAUGGGAAUCUAUUGUUAUAUCUGUCACGCUUAGUAGCCUUGUCUUGAUAACAUCAAGCAAUUUUUAUUAGCUCUUUUUGAUUGUUUAUUGUUUAUUUUUGAGAGUUGGAAUAGAUAAUUUCUUAGGAUAAAUAAUAGUAAUUUCGAUUGUGGUAAAUCUAGUAAGUACAUUGUAACUAUUGUUUUCAAUAAAAAAUAAUUGAAGAAGCCGUCUGUUUUGUACGAUCAAAGUAGUUUUUUUAAUUAAAUUACCUAUCAGGUGUAUAUAUACCUAUUGUUAAAGGCGCACUUAAUAAAUAAGUAAUAUAGGAGUAGGUAUUAUAGAUUAGAGACACAUUGUAUACUUCUAGGUGUUAAGCAAACGACUCACUCAGUUCAUUAAAUAUAAAUAACGCUUCGCUCAUUUGCAUACUCGUUAAGUUACAUAAUUGUGAUUGUGUCAUUAACACUGUAUUCCAAGAAUUAACAAAUAUUUGCGUGUAUGUCACUACUACGGUACUACUUCGCGCUCAAAUAGCUGGGCAAAUUUUAUUGAAAUUUGAUAUUGAGGUAGCGUAGCUGAUACUAUAAUAUGACAUAUUAACACUGAGUUUAGGAUUUGGUCAAGAAGUCUGAUAGCCAAUAUAAAAAGUAGAUGGCGCUAGUGUAUCUAAAAAUAGUUGUGUUAGCCCCAAGUUCGAGAUUUGUAUUAUGGGAUACUACAAACUCAACGAUACUAUUUAUUCCAAAUUCUAUGAAAAUCGCCCUAGCCACAGAUUAUAUAAUACUUCCAGCGAAUUCGCUAUGAAAGCGUUAUUGAAAGAUAGAGUUUCGCAUUUAUAAUUAGAUAGUAAUGAUAUUUACAAACAUUUGGGUCAAGAUGUUUGUUUAGUGACCAAAUGUGGAUAUCUUGUGACUGAAUUUGUUUUUUUAUAUGUUUAAAAUUUGAUUUUAGGUUUAUAUUUAUAUUUAAUAGGCUAGAGAAUUAUUAUAUUUAAUAGGCUAGUUGGCAAUUUUUUGCUUUGAUGUCUAUUAUACGAAGGCCCUAACAUUAAUAGGAAUAUCAAAAAAAUACUCUGAUAAUGACAAUGCUUUCAAAGAUGUGACAAAAAUAAAAUCACACAUUAUUGGACACGUCCAAACGACAUGAACAAGUGACGUCACAACUAGAUGAAAUUUUCGAAAAGAUGUUUGUUCGACAGCUAGCUAUAUUACGUUUACGGUGAUGGCUUCUUAGUAAAAGUUGUUACAAAAUAUAUUUUUUUUAUGAUCGUUGAGUUUGUUUUUAUAAUUUCAUACUUUUUGAAAAUUGACUUUCCAACCAACUUUAUUUUUUGUAUAAGCUACGUUUAGCUGAUAAAUAUUUUAAUAAUAUUUUAUUAUCAAACGUUAUGAGGUCAAUCUGAUAAAUUGUUUUCGGGAACUUAUUUAUUAGUGUCAGUUAUUUAGUUAAGUAGAAUAAUUAAUUUCUUUAAUUUUAUCAUAGAUUAAGUAUUUUAUGUGUGUAUUUUAUGACAUAAAUUAUAAAAUAUUAUUGUUAAUGUUAAUGCAAUAAAAUUAUUGUUAAUGCAAUAAACUGAUUCUCAUUAAGAAUUAAUUUA